UCAAGCAGUGCGCAAAAAGGUGGUCAAAGCGAUGGACCGUUUGUGUAUAAAGGAAAAGGCUCUACGAAGUUCAAGCCGAAGAAACUGAUUGUCUCCAAAUCGUCGUCGAAAGGAGACCAGCCCAGACCUGGUGCGAAUCGCGGCGGCGAAGAAGGCAGCAGCACUAUCGGCGGAGCGUCGCCGGUGUCGCGCAGCAUUCGAAGACUGUCUCGGUUGUCGGUCGCCGGAUCGGCGCCGGUGUUGGCGGAGUUUGAGCGGCGGCUUUCGGGUCGUACUCUGGGACGGAAACAUAGCUCCCCGUUCGAGUUGUUUUGUCGUGAAUCUUGGGCGCGACUGCGCGCGAAGGACGUGUUGGACUGGGAGAGCGAUCGCGUCGCGAGCUUGGUGCUGGAUCGUUGGCGAGAUGAUGCGAAUAACGAGGAACACUCGGGUGUUGUUCAUUCGCGCUUGAAGGGAGAAUAUGAAAAGGCCAUGAAGGAAUACAAACGGGAACUGCAGCAGAAGGGUUCAUCAUCGUCAAAGCACCGGGGCUUGGACGACAAGCAGGGUUCCGGGAAAACUGAAAUCGUCGAGAGGAAAAUUGAGAUCGACAAAGCGGAAGACGACGAAGAAGGAGAGAAUGCGAUCCGCAGCGUCAGGGAAUUGGCUCAUGCGAGAUAUCAACGCAAUCAUCGCCUCAUCAAUGAAAUCUUCUCUCCUGACGUUGUUUUCCCAACGAGGCCUGUUACGUCACAGUCUCACGUGGACAAUCUGAAAGCCACAGUGAAAAGGUUGACUGCUCACAAGGAUAAGCUGUUGGGAGAAAUUGAGCGCAUGGAAGAGAGUUACAUAUCGAAACGCCAAGCCGUGCUUUCCGCCAUCGAUCUCAUCAUGAACAUGAACAAAGUGGAAGAAACCGCGCAGGGCGAACAAGUGGUUCCUCAAACCACCCAAGCCUCUCCGUCUCCCACGCCCGCAUCCCCGGCGUCGCCGAUGAGCCACGCUCCGAUCGCCGCCGGCAUGGCCGCCACGGCGUCUCCCGCCGCUGCAACCCCGUCCGACUCUGCAGUUCCUUCCCCGAGUUCCGCUCCUAGCGCCGACCCGGAAGUGGAUUCCGUGAUGGACGUUGUCACGAACACGGAAGAACAGCAGCACGCGGGAUUCGACUCUUCGACAGCGGCGACUGCAGAACAAGUACCUAUAACUUCUGAGGUUACACCGAGUUACACCGAGCCUGGUACUUUUGCGGAAGACGCGUCGCGGGCUUCGUUAGAUCAGAUUGUACCGCAGGCGGAAGAACAGCCGAUGGAGGUCGAUGCUCCUGUGGCUGGUGACGAAACUGCGUCUGAAAUCCCGCAUGAAGUAGUUGGUAACGCUGUAGAUGAAUCUCAGCUUGUCGUUCAGCAACAACUGCCUGAAACUGUGGUUGAAACCUCAGCUAACGACUCUAAAUCUGAGCAGGCGUCUGCCUAAUUGCAUGUGCUAUUGUUGUACUCGAACUUACCUCGCUUGUUACUGCAUGAUUGAUUUGCGAUCGGUUACUUUAUAAAAUUAAAUGGAAGCCCGUCAAUUAUUCAUUCGAUUUGAACGAUUAUAUCUGUGUAUGUUAAAGGAUUUCAAGGCGUGCGUAUCGUACUUCUAAGUAUAAAUUCAAACGAAAAAACAUUUUUUGUGCCAAAAAUUACAGCAUUUCCUCAAAGAAACAGAUUACAUUACUUCCACGCAGUUUUACCCUCGUUUUACAGACUCUCAGUAGAAUUUUUAAUAUGUGCUGAUCAAAUUCGAGAGACAUUUAGGUCCAAUUUUGUUGGAAGAAUUCGGAGUUUCGUCCUUCGCUUGUAUGGCGAAAUGAUGAUCUUGGAUAAGAUCAUCAGUUGUGAAGUAAUUUUCACGGUGUAUGUAGAAAAACAUUUUUACAUCGAGAUUAAAAUUGGCCACGACCUGCUUUAAAAAUAUUGGAUUUCUCUUCCACUCUGAAGUGAAAAAUCACGACGAAAGUUGAAUUUUUCGUAAGUAGGAUUUCAUAUCUGGAAAAGCAAUGCUUUAUUCUUUCGAAUAAAAAGACGUUCUUGCAAUGAUCUCAAAAGUAUUUAGAUGAAGUUUCAGCGAAAUCUGAAUAAUUUUUCAGAAAGAUUAUGUUUGGUUUCUGUUUGGCCUAGAUUCAACUACAGUAUUUUUAUUUUUUGACGUAAGUUGUCGUUUUGUUGCCCGAUAUAUUUUACACCAACACUUCCUCCCUCGGAUUCUGACAUUUCUCAUGUGUGUAACCAACGGCACCGAACCUUUCUUUUGCAUAAUGAAAAUUUCACUCACUUCUGGGUCAUAUUUUCAUUAUAUUUUUGCUGGUUAUGUGCUGUAAAAUUUGCCUUCUGUUGUCGUAUUUAGAUUCUUUUUCUUUGAGUUUUCUAUUAGAUUUUGAUCAAUGUUGCAGUUUUUUACUCACACGUUGUGUCUUCGUCUUGUGUCUUUUGCUCUGACUGUCCCUUCGACUUUGUCGUCUUCGUUGCCGUGUGAAGCGCCUGGGGCAGCGCGGUGAGAGCUGCAGUGGCCACAACUAACUUUUCUCCAAUCGUCGCUGAGAUUUCAACUGGGAGAAACGAGAUCCAGGUGUGAAGUGUGCAUGGAAUCCUCCUACUUGUGACUUGAGUUGUUUUGAGCUGUAACUGGUCGCGAAAAGAUGCUGAAAAUUCGAUUUUUUUUUUUUUAGCAUCAUGGGUAGGAAAAAUUUUGUUUCAUCUUUUAUCUACGAAAUGUUUGCUGUUCCAGACGUAGUUCACCGCAAAAGUACAGAAGAUGACAGUGAAGUGAAAGACGUUCAUAGAUGAUGAUAUUGUAAUGUACUUUUCGCGAAUGGUGUUGAUCUGAAGUUGAUGCCUAUUAAAAUUUCCCGCACUCCUUCUUUCCAUCAACAAAAAUGCGUGUUUCUCUGAAUCGAAUUUUGUUGUUGGUCCCUUGAAGUUCGACUAAAAGAGAUUCUACUGUAGUCAACUUGAAAAUCUUUCACUUUCUCCGUAAUAGUUUCAUUAUAUGUAGAAGGAAGACGAGAAAACUCCCGAUUUUCUAGUGAAAGAUGUUCUGAGAUGAUAAUACUGUGCAGUACUUUUUGCAAUUGGUGUUAAUCACCACUUCGAAUUUUCAAGCAUGUCAUUUCGCGAACUGUUCCAGUAUUUGUACUUGUAUUUGUGUGCGUGGUUUUUUNCUUUUUCGAGUUUACUUCGGAUCAACGUGAUCUGUGCGUUUGUUACGGGGAGUUGUAAAAAAGAAAAAUAAAUUCGAAAAUGAAGCUUGUUCAUCGAAGCAACA